AUGAAAUCGUUCGUGUAUGCAGUUCUCAUAGCAGCUUCAGUACUGGCAGCCCCUGAAUUGAAGCGCAACAAACGAGGUUAUAACACAGGUCAAAGCGAGCUAAGUUGGAGCGAUAGCGAUAGCAACAGCUGGAAACAAAACUCGAACGGAAAUGGCUGGAAUCUAAACUCGAACGAUAAUGGCUGGAGUCAAGGAUCGAAUGGAAACGACUGGAGUCAAGGUUCGAAUGGAAACGGCUGGAGUCAAGGUUCGAAUGGAAACGACUGGAGUCAAGGAUCGAAUGGAAACGACUGGAGUCAAGGUUCGAAUGGAAACGGCUGGAGUCAAGGUUCGAAUGGAAACGGCUGGAGUCAAGGAUCGAAUGGAAACGGCUGGAGUCAAGGUUCGAAUGGAAACGACUGGAGUCAAGGAUCGAAUGGAAACGGCUGGAGUCAAGGUUCGAAUGGAAACGACUGGAGUCAAGGAUCGAAUGGAAACGGCUGGAGUCAAGGUUCGAAUGGAAACGACUGGAGUCAAGGAUCGAAUGGAAACGGUUGGAGUCAAGGAUCGAAUGGAAACGACUGGAGUCAAGGAUCAAAUGGAAACGGCUGGAGUCAAGGUUCGAAUGGAAACGACUGGAGUCAAGGAUUGAAUGGAAACGGCUGGAGUCAAAGUUCGAAUGGAAACGACUGGAGUCAAGUAUCGAAUGGAAACGACUGGAGUCAAGGAUCGAAUGGAAACGACUGGAGUCAAGAUUCGAAUGGAAUCGGCUGGAGUCAAAACUCAAAUGAUAACAGCUGGAUUCAAGGUUCGAAUGGAAACGGUUGGAGUCAAACAUCGAAUACAAACAGCUGGAGUCAAAAAUUGAAUGAAAACGGUUGGAAUCAGGGAUCAAUCGGAAACGGCUGGAGUCUAAACUCAAAAGAUAACAGCUGGAAUCAAGGUUCAAACGAAAACAGCUGGGCUCAGAAUUUGAAUGAUAACGGAAGGAGUCAAAGUUCGAGCGGAAAUGGCUGGAGUCAAGCCUCGAAAGAAAAUGGCUGGAGUCAAGCUUCGAGUGAAAAUGGCUGGAAUUCGAACACGAAUAAUAACGAUUGGAAACAAAACUCAGAAAAAACCAACCAGGGUUCUUCCAUCACAGAACAAGCUCCCGUUUCUAAAAUAAUUGCAGUGAAGAAACUUGUUGAAAUUCCUAAGGUCGUGCAAGUACAGAAACUCGUGUCCGUGCCGAAGCUAGUGACCGUGCCCGAGGUGGUGAAAGUGUCCAAAAUUGUGGAGGAGCCGGUGCAAUCCUCGCUCGGUCAGAACCAACAGCAGACUUCCAACAGCAAGUGGUGA